CGCCCGCCCCCUGUCCCCCUCGCUGCACGCACCCCCUCCGGAAACCCGAACCGCUCCGUCACCGGUCUGCUCAACAAUCGCAACAGGCCCGUCGGGUCCACCCCAAUCCCGCCCAGUCUCCAGGCAAAGAUGGCCGCCUUCGCAAGUCGCGCACCAAACAGCUCCGUCUCCGUCGAUUCUGCAACUUCUGCCCUCAAGAACGUGAGCCUUAACGACAAAGGCGCGUCUCCGCCACCUGGCAUGUCUCUACGCGGGCCCGCCUCCUCUCCGGGCGGACGCCCCGGCGCCCCAGGGGCUGGCGGAUUGGCUGCUCGCCGCCAGGGGAAGGCCAUCCCGAAGUUGAGCGUGAUGGAUAUAGGGCUGCAGAAUGCCGGUCUGGGAGGCGGUCGUCCCAAUCAACAGGAGGAGCAACCACAGAGACGGAUACCUCCGAGCACGUUCUCUACCCCGUUCGCCAACUUCGGGAAGAUAGUGGACCCAUCAGGCGCCCUCAAUUUCAGCGGGAAGGCAGUGCUACACGCCCAGGGUGUCGACUUCUCGAAUGGAUCGUCUUUCGCUAUCAACAUGGAUCAGCUGCAGCUGGAUGAGGAACUGGGAAAGGGAAACUAUGGUACGGUCAAGAAGGUUCUACACAAGCCGACGAAGGUUGCGAUGGCGAUGAAGGAGAUCCGGCUGGAGCUGGACGACGCGAAACUCAACGGCAUCCUCAUGGAGCUGGAUAUUCUCCAUCGCGCUGUCUCACCAGAAAUAGUCGAGUUCUAUGGAGCGUUCUUCAUUGAAUCAUGUGUCUACUACUGUAUGGAGUACAUGGAUGCCGGCUCGGUAGACAAACUGCAAGGCGACGGCAUACCAGAAGAAGUCCUAGCUCGGAUCACUGCGAGUAUGGUUCGAGGGCUGAAAUUCCUGAAGGACGAGCUGCAGAUCAUCCAUCGAGACGUGAAGCCGACGAACGUCUUGAUGAACAGGAGAGGUCAAGUGAAGCUGUGUGACUUCGGCGUCUCAGGUCAACUAGAGAAGUCGUUAGCGAAGACAAAUAUCGGGUGCCAGAGCUACAUGGCUCCUGAACGGAUACGGGGCGAGUCGCAGAACAAUCUGGGGACGUACACAGUCUCGUCGGACGUAUGGUCCCUGGGGCUCUCCAUGAUCGAGAUGGCUCUGGGGCACUAUCCGUACCCACCAGAAACAUACGCGAACGUGUUUGCACAGUUGACUGCUAUCGUGGACGGUGAUCCACCGGAGCUCCCAGAACAUUUCUCAGCUACGUCGAAGGAUUUCGUGGCGCGUUGCUUGCACAAGAUACCCGAAAGAAGGGCAACAUAUGCUGAGCUUCUGGAACACCCCUUUUUAGUUGAGGACAGUACUCGAGAAGUCGACAUGCCCGCCUGGGUCGAGAGCGCCGUUGAGGCCCGACAAAAUCGUACCCGCGAACAGAUCCAAGCAGCUCAGGAUGCCAUGUCAUGAGCCCGACGCACUCCACGAUCCUUAACGUAUUCACGGGGACUACACUGCGCCCAUAUGCGCGGUUGCGGUCUCCGCCGGCCCUAUACACACCUUCACCUCCUCGUCUCGCAGAGGCAUGACUCCCGAACCCACAAUUCCUUUAUUCCUCUUCCCGAAUCUUCUUGCCUACGCGGGUCCCAAACGCGGCCUGCCCGCCGUCCGCUAUUCACGAGGAUCGUCCCGAAGCACUGUAUGUGUCGUACCAUAUUCUUCGUCCUGCCGUUGCCUGCCGUCCAUCGAUCCCCAAGAGAUAACCAACCGCUGUUUCCAUAUCAACCGGGGCAGUUAGCAGCUGAUUGCAGAUCAUGGCGAGCAUAGACGACAAAUGGUCCUCGCCUCGUCAGACUGAUCGACGCAGGUUGAUCCGGGCCUCAGAUUCACACGCUCAUCUUCGCGGCGGGUAGUGGCCGGGCCGAUGACUCGGGUGCUCUCGCGCACUCCACAGGCUCCGUCCGCCUUCUAGGGCGUAUGGGUUCCUGGGCGAAGUCCUAGUGAUCGCUAGACUUGCGGGCCUAGGGUAUAUGGAUUGGGCUAGUUUAUUCGUCGCUUGGUACACGGUCUUCGUGCCCACUCUCGAGUCAUACACCGUAUCCCCCACAACCUGCGGCGUUGUAGCUUCCAAGCUUAUUGUAUAGUGCACAUUUGUAUGUAUAAGUACUGUACCCACUCGCCAUCCGUGCAGAGCUGCGUUCGCCGGCGCCGCGGCUCCUCCGGGUUAUAUAUAAUGUACUCUACAUGCG